AUGGCAGGUACUGCUACUAGAAUUUUCGCUAAAAGAACUGCUAGCACGUCAAAACAUGUGAUAAUUCAAAAUCCUGCGGUCUCAGCACCGUAUUGUAAGUUUUUGGUAAAUAUGAAUUUGUUAAAAUAAUACUUUCUGACAUACAUAGUUAUUAAUAAUUUUUAAAUUUCAGCUGAAGAAAAGCCUGUAAUGUUGCCAUUUCUGACUCCACAAGUAAGUUUACUUUGUUUUUGUAUUUAUGGUUUAGAUAUUUAAUAUCUUUUUGAUCUGUUACAUGAAAAUACGAUAGAUAAUAGAAAAACAUUGUUUAGCAAAUUCGUCUUGAAUACAACAAGGAGAUACGUAGGCUGGACAAGGGUUUGUGGUUGGCAGAAAAGAAGAGGAAGAAGUUGAUCAAAGAUCAGAUGGAACAUCAGACUAGAGUCAAGAAUCUGAUAGAAAAUGUAGUUUGUGGAGAUUCUGGGAGGAGUAGAUUGAUUCCUGUGGGAAGUCUGGCUACUGGCUUGUCGAUGGGAGAUUCCUCCGACUUUGACUUUUGUUUGAUACCUAAAGAUGCCGAAUUUUACAAGGAUUUCUUUCAUAACCACAAUUUUAAACGGUAUGUGCAUGUUUGCUUGAAAAAACUAACGUAAAUUUAUUUAUCUUUAUUUGAAAAAAGUUUAUAUGAAUAACUUGAGUGUUUAGGGUAUUUAUGGACUCCGUCAUGGAGUUACUGGCUCAACUACAUCGCCAUGACCCUGAUCUUGCUUAUAGUCAAGACCCCUUCCCUUUGUACAGAGCGCGAGUGCCACUAAUUUGUUGUUACUUUAUCAGUGGACUAAGUAUUGAUGUACAAUUCCCUGACGAGAACUUUCACGCCAUUAGGAACACAAAUCUUAUUCGACAUUACUGUGCUGUAAGAGUUUUAGCUUAGUAGUGUACCUUGAAUAAUCGUUUAUUAGUGUGAUAUCUUUAGUAAUUUUUACCUAAAAAAUCCGAUAAUUCCCUAUAAAUCAAUUCUGAUCAUACUAUUUUAGGCAGAUCCACGAUUCGGGUUGUUGUAUAUGUAUGUAAGAACAGUAUUCAACCGACUUGGAGUAAGGAAUAGUAAAGAUGGAUUGUUAUCAAGUUAUCAUAUUCUACUACUUGUUGUGCAUUUCCUACAGUCUAGGACGGUAAGAUACUGCUUAUUCGAACGUUUCAUAAAUUUUUUCUUGUUUUAUACCUAUUUUUGUAAAAAAACUAUAGUGCAGUAUAAGAAGUUGCAAGUGAUAUGAAAAGUACAAAUUUAGGCCCCUCCAGUCCUACCAGUCUUGAACAUAACCCACAACGAUAAAGUUGGGAGUAAGCUACCGCUAGAUGUACUAAUAGAACGAAUAGAGUUACCGAGUAACCAACUAAUCGACUGGAAAAGUGAAAACAAGAGUUCGGUCGGAGAAUUGGCAGUCGAAUUCAUGGAGUAUUACAGUACACUGGAUACCCAGACGACCGCCAUUCAAAUAAGAUAUGGUCGGACGGUCAAGAAGUAGGUUUGGCUAACGAAAAGGGCCUUUUUAGGCUUUAUAUAUUAUAAUUUUUUUAUUUGGUGUGAGUUAUUGCCAGUGUUUGCAUUUUUGAAAUUUUUGGCUCCAGCUCCGGCUCCGACCUUUUUUCAAAGUGGGCUCCGGCUCCGGGCUCCGGAGCCUCAUUUUAGUCCGCUCCGGCUCCGGGUCAGAUUUUUUAAAAAAUGGUUAAAAACCGUUAAAUUUGGUGUUAUUGACGUGUUUUGCCAUAUAUAACAACAUUUAUUAUAAGAAAUUGAAAGAUGUAACAAAAAAUAUAUAAUUUAACAAAACAAAGUUAAACUUUACUUUGUGUACGAACUAUUAAACCCUAUUAGCCUCUUUUGCCUGACCAACACGUUUAGAUUUUCAAAACUUCGACAGAGCUACUGCUUGCAAUCUGCUAAAGAAUUGUUCAUGCUGGCUGAAUCUAGUAGCUAAAGUAAAAGGAUUGAAUGUAAAUCUAGCUAAAAGUUUGUAAUUUUUCUUCAACCUGGCCUGCCUAAAGUCGCGUCGUAAUUAAGUUUUAGUAUAUUAUUAGUGGUGUUUUUAGAGCAUUUUUUGUAAUCAAACAAAAAGCAAUAAGCGUUUGCACGCAGCGAGGUUCGAACCUGCGAGUGCAACACCGAUGGAUAACGCUUUAUCCAUUCCGCUAUAUGAUCACGCUCUCCUUUUCUUUCGUUUCUCUUCUUUUUGGGAAAUAUAUCACAACAAAUCGCAAAAAAAAGGUUUUUGUCCUCUUUUUCCCCGAAAAAGCACCCGUAAGCUCCGCCCUUCUUUUUGAAAAGGAGAAGAAAAAGCACUUUUCGGGAGAAAGGCGCAAGCCCCGCCCCGCCCUUCUCUUCUCCCAGCAAAAAAAAUAAAAAAGAAAAAAAAAAAUGUGCGGAGCUGGAGCCGUGCCAAAAAAAAUCAAGCUCCGGCUCCAGCUCCGGCUCCGACCAUUUUCGAAUUUUAGCUCCGGCUCCGACUCCGGAGCCCAUGCAAACACUGGUUAUUGCUUAUUGAGGUAUGACUUAAUUAUGUCGUAAACUGUAUUUCUAUUAAAGAAUAUUUUCAGGCGACAACUGCCAGGAGACACGAGGUUAUUAAUGUACGACCCCUACUCUAAUAUAACUGUUGCCAGAGGCCCUAAAAUCAGCGAUACGUUGAAAAUAGGCAGUACCUAUUUAUACAACAGAAUGUGCAGGGGUAAGAACAUUGUUUUAGUUUUAAGAUUAGAAUGUUAUAUUUAUAGUAUUUCUUACCAUUUCCAAACUUUUAAAACAAUAAAAAAACUAAUUUAGAAACUCAAUAUAUGGGUUUAACACAUCUCAUUCCUCAAAGUUUAAACUCUUAUACUACAUCCUUUGUAGGUAUGUAUCUAGACACAUUUCCCGAAUUCCCUGAGGCGAAUGACUUCAAACUUUUGUUAUAA